CGUUUAGUUUUAGUCUGUACCCGUCAGAUGACGUUGUGCUCGAUUUCGUGAAUUACCAAACAUGACCGAGAAAUAAAUAAAGAAAAGAGUGAAAACUAAAGAAAUCACGAUUACUUCGCAUCGAUAAUCGAAAAGUUUCAAUAAUAAACGAAAUGGCAAAUUGUACGAAUGUUACGUUAACGUUUGUACGCGGCUAUCGGCAAUAUUCGAAACAUUGGCUGAAAGACGCUGUUAGAUACGAAAAAGUAAAAUAUCAUCCACGGCAUCCGAAUCAUGUGGACCCUCCGAUCGUACCGUCCAAAGUCUUGAUGGUUCACAGAGUAAAACCUUUCAAGGGAAAUCCUUAUUGGGAGAAAGAUAUUCUCGCGGAAUUAGGAUUCGAAGAAGAUAAAAAGGAACCAGUGUUCGUAAAGAAUACUCCAGAAAUGUGCGCGGUACUUUGGAGAGUAAAACAUUUAGUGAAAAUCGUUCCUGUGCAAUUACCGGAAAAGCUGCCAACCGUGGACGACCUCACCAGUAUAUACGUACACGAGAACGGAAAGUUUUAUCAUACCGGAAAGAUCGAUCCUGCUCGCUACGAGGCUUCUAAGCAAUUCCGAAAUUGUCCAAAGAAGUUGCAAUACAAGGAUAUAAUGGAAAAACUUAGACUUUUAUGGCUUAAAGGGUAUCUUUUGUAAGUUAAUAAAUAAAUUAGAGCUGUAUAGUUUUGUCGAUUACGUCGGAAGUUGUCGGGUUUGGUUGUGAGGAAAGUGGAAAAACGAUGUUUGAACAAAUAAUAUACUUUAUUCGUAUGCCGA